AUGGAAAAUUUGACUGAACAAGAAUUGAAUCAAAUUUUAGAAGGAUCUCCAUCAAGCAAUAUAUAUAAUGAAUUAAAUAAACAAGCAAAUAAAGGCUCGUAUGACGAAUACUGUAAAUCUUUCAAGGAAAUAAAUAAUAAUGGUAAAGAAGGGAGUUAUGAUCUUUGUAUUCAAAUUGCCAGAAAUGCAGAGAAUUUAUCAAGAAGGAAAAAUGAAAGAAAAUAUAUAUAUAAUUGUUUACACUACACCUAUUGGUUAUAUUACAAAAUAAAGACAAUUUUUGAAAGUAAGUUGAAAAAUGAUGAAUAUAAAUCUCAUAUUGAAACAUUCUUAAAAGCGAAAAAUAGUAUAAAUACAGCUUAUUAUGUACAUAGCUGUCAAGAUAACCUUCAAGGUGACUUUUUACAAGGAUUAAAUAAGAAGGUGGAAGAAAAAUAUUUGUUUGAUUACUUUGAAAAUUAUGAUUCUAUUAAAACUUACGCAUCUUGUCAACGUGUUACAUUUAAAAAAUACAAGGAAUAUCUUUCUAAUAUUAGUAAACUAUAUAAGACGCAUAAAAAUAAUAAUGAAUGCUGUAAAGAUCCAUUUUGGUCCGAUUGUUACGACUACUUUAAAUGUAACAGUGAGUUUGAUCCUAAAACACUACUGAAGUCAUUAGAGGAUAAGGGAAAUAAAAAAUGCGAUAUCUUAAAACAAUUAGAGAAACCUUCAACAACUGUUAUUCCAAAUAUGACUGCUGGUUCCCAAAAAGACUUUAUAGAUUCAAAUUAUUUUUUUAGGUGUACAUAUAUUAAUGGUGACAAUCCUGAAAUUACCAAACUUGAAGGUGGAAAACUUAAAUGUGACGUGCUUCCAGCAUCUCAUAAAUCUCUUAGUAUGGAAUAUACCCCGUUUUCUCAACCUCCACCCGACCAUGUUACUUUUACCACCAGUGGAGGAACAAGAACUUUAGAGGAUACCAAAUUACAAAGUCAAAACACAGGAUCAAACGAAAACUCAGAACAACAAAGACAUUCACCCUCGCCAAAGAUAUUAACUCUAAGAGUACCUCAAUCAAUCAGAGGAAAAGCAGAUUGUCCAAUACCAGGAUUUGUAAAAGAUGUAUUAGGAAAAUGCAGGGAACCAAGUGUACGAGAAACAGGAACUAUUGGAUUAAAGCUGAAUACAUAUCACCCCGAAAAAACGAGAGCUUAUAUCUCAUUCGACAAUAAUAGUAUUUAUUCUAGUAUAUUCAAAAAUAAUGUAUUCCGUGUUGGUAUCGCAUUUACGUUGAUAGUGGGAAUAUUUUCCACCAUUUUCAUUUAUUAUAAAUUUACUCCCUUUGGAAGAAGUUUUCAUAAAAAGGUAUCAAGGAAAAAAAGAAUUAAUGAUUAUUAUGAUGAUCCGCAUAUGCGGCAUUUUAUAAUCCGUGCUCCAAAAUCGGUUAAAAGGAAAGUCGGAGAUAAGGGAUUACGUUUUUCGUAUUAUUCUAGGUGA